AUGAUUCGGUAUAGACGUUACAGGGCCUUCAUAGCCUUCACAGUCAUUGCUAUCCUCGCUACAUAUUACUUCAUAGGACACGGUGGUAUAGACCUUCCUUCGGCAAUUGGUGCAGGAUCGUUGAAAGCUGCCGGUAAUGAUGCAGCAGCCGCGGCUAAGGAGAAGGUUCAAGCUGGUCUUGACCUGAUCAAGCCUGACGAACCGACGAAAGAGGAUAUACUGGGAGUUCUACCGCCCCUCCCGACCACCAAAGCAGCUCCUGCUACUACGAAGAUCGUCGCCGAAGCACCGAAGCCGUCGACUGAGAAGACGACCACUUCCUCCGCUGCCGUUGCGACAGAAACACCCACACGAACCCCUCUUCAAGAUGCUGCUGCCAUGCUACCUCCCAUACACUGGUCUAGGCAAGAUGAGCAUUUCCCUGUCGCAACAACCAUCCAGCUCCCUACUGGCACUCCCAAGGCCAUCCCUCGUAUCCAGCACAAGUUCAAGAAAGAGUCGUCUGCGGAUAAGGCUGAUAGAGAAGAGAAGCUCAAGAUCAUCGAGGGUGCUGUUUCACACUCCUGGAGUGGGUACCGGUCAAAGGCUUGGUUGAAGGAUGAGGUCAGACCUGUCUCUGGAGGAUCCCGUGAUCCUUUCUGUGGUUGGGCUGCCACUCUGGUUGAUGCCUUGGACACACUCUGGAUCGUUGGCCUCAAGGACGACUUCGAAGAAGCUGUCAAGGCAGUCGGCAAAAUCGACUUUACAACUUCCCAAAGAAAGGACAUUCCUCUCUUCGAGACGACUAUUCGUUAUCUUGGUGGCAUGCUCUCAGCUUAUGAUCUGAGUGGUGCUAAACACAAGGUUCUGCUGGACAAGGCUGUCGAACUUGCUGAUGUCUUGAUGGGCUCUUUCGACACACCUAACAGAAUGCCUGUUACGUUCUAUCGCUGGAUGCCAACUUUUGCUUCUCAGCCCCAUCGUGCUGGUACUCAUGUUGUCCUGGCUGAGCUGGGCUCUCUUUCCGUCGAGUUCACUCGUCUUGCGCAGCUCACGAAGGAGCCCAAGUAUUACGAUGCUAUUGACCGCAUCACUGAUGCUUUCUUAGAAUGGCAGAACGCUUCGGGUGUUAACGCCACACUGAUUCCCGGCUUAUUCCCUGUUCAUGUCGAUGCUUCUGGCUGCGAGAAGCCCGCUCAAAUCAAAUCUCACUACUCUCACCCUGCUGGAAAGGACGGUGACGUUGCAGUGGGUGAUGGAGAGCCAGUAGUUCCCGAGCGCCCAGUCACUCAGGGUCAAGGUACAAGGACUGGUGCUUCCACGGAGAAAGAUGGCUCUUCUCAGCCUGUCAAUGCUGGCGGUUCGCGAAUGGGUGCAGCUUCUGCUGCUGGAGUGGGCAAGAUCAUCGGCUGGGACGACCCUCUGACCGAAGGUGAUCUCGACAACCCCCAGGUAAAGGCUGCCGCUGCCGAGGACGUCUUCCAGAAGGAGACACAGGCCAAGAUGCAUACUCUGCAGAAGGAAGUCUGCGUUCCUCGUGGAUUGGCCUCAAGCAGUGGUGGGGGUCAUGACACCUUUACCAUCGGUGGCAUGGCUGACUCUCUUUACGAAUACUUCCCCAAGCAGUACCUCCUGCUCGGCGGCUUGGAGGGUAAAUACAAAACUCUGUAUGAGCAGUCUAUCGAUGCCGUCACCAAGCACCUUCUCUUUCGACCCAUGACGCCUGAGAACGCAGACAUCCUCUUUGCAGGCGAGUAUACCGCUCGCGCACCCAGCGUAGAAGGCACCGUAGAGGGCGCACUCAAAGCCGAAGGUGCCCACCUCACCUGUUUCGCCGGCGGUAUGUACGCCAUGGGAGCAAAAAUCUUUGGCCGCGAAGAGGACCUCGAGCUAGGUGCCAAACUCGCCGAAGGCUGUGUGUGGGCCUACAAUGCCACAGUCACCGGAAUCAUGCCCGAACACUUCCUAGUCUCCAAAUGCGACAGCAUGACAGACUGCAAGUGGAACAAGACAAAGUACUGGGAAGAACUAGACCCAUACGCUGCAACCCGCACGCAAGUCAACCUCGCGAAUCCACUAGGAGGUGACCGCAAUGCGCCUCAAGUGGGUGCAAAGAGAGAUCUAGAUGGCCCUGCCGCUACGAUUGACCAUGUCCCUGCUCCUGCGGUGCCGAAUAGUAUCCCGGAGCUUGAUGUCGCUACGCCUGCCGAUGCCGCUCGUGUGGAAUACACCCCUCCCACGCCCCCUACCCAUGAAGAAUUCGUCCUCGCACGCAUCAGUGAAGAACGUCUGCCCCCAGGAAUGACACGUCUGCUCUCUCGAAGUUACAUCCUUCGCCCCGAAGCCAUAGAAUCGAUCUUCUACCUCUACCGCAUCACCGGCGACGCACACUGGAGGGAAGUAGGCUGGCAAAUGUUCUUGGCCGUCCAAAAAUACACGCAUACAACUUAUGGAGCUUCUGCUCUCGAUGACGUUACCAAAACCGUUCCUGGACAGGUGGAUAGCGAAGAGAGUUUCUGGUUGGCGGAGACGUUGAAGUAUUUCUACUUGCUGUUUGAAGAGGAAGGGGUUAUUAGUUUGGACGAGUGGGUGUUGAAUACCGAGGCACAUCCUUUUAGAAGACCGGAUGCUCCCGUGUAUUCUGUGCCUGCUGCUGGUGUUGCAGAUGUGGAGGAGACUUGA